UAAAGAACAAAAUUGGAAACAAAAUUUGUUAGCCGUUUCUACACGAGAGGAGGGGGAAUUAAAAUUUAACGGUAUUUAAAUAAAAUUAUUAUUUUAGAAUAUAUAAUUAAUUUUUUUUUAAUCCGAGAAAGGAUAACAUCGAGUCUUAUCUGAGAGAGUCAACUGUUCAAGGACGGUGAGGUGUCCCGUUUAUAUUUCAUUCCCGUCCUGUAAAUUUAUUAGUAGAGAUACAGUACAGUUUAAUCUAAAGUCAUGAGUCAAGUACAGCUCUCAAACGGUUAUAAAGUUCCAUUAGUUGGACUAGGAACUUGGAAAAGUAAACUCGGCGAAGGAAAGCAAGCUAUUAAAGAUGCGAUUGAACUUGGUUAUCGACAUAUUGAUUGUGCUUUAUUUUAUGAAAAUGAGGAAGAAAUCGGUGAAGCAAUUAAAGAGAAGAUAGAUGAUGGCACUGUUAAAAGAGAAGAAUUAUUCAUCACUAGUAAAUGUUGGAAUACCUAUCACUCUAAGGAUAAAGUUCUGGAAUCUUGCCAGAAAUCAUUAAAAGCUUUGAAACUAGAUUAUCUCGAUCUCUUCCUUGUUCAUUGGCCAAUGGGCUAUAAGGAAGGUGAUGAUUUACUUCCAAAAGAUGCAAAUGAUCACAUCCUAUUCAGUGAUGUCGAUUAUCUAGAAACUUGGAUGGGGAUGGAAGAAUGUCAUAAACGAGGAUACGUUCGGUCUAUUGGAAUAUCAAAUUUCAACAUUAGCCAAAUUAAACGAUUGUGGGAAAAUGCAAACAUAAAACCCGUUAUGAAUCAAGUAGAAAGUCAUCCCUAUCUUAAUCAGUUAGAAUUACUGGAAUUUUGUAAUCGUUUGAACAUUAAAGUUACUGCUUACUGUCCUCUUGGAGCACCAUAUCGAUAUGGUAGUAAACCGGGUGAGAAAAAUCUGUUAGAAGAUCCAAAACUCAAAGAAAUAGCUUCAAAGUAUAACAAAACAACAGCUCAAGUAGCACUUCGUUAUCAAAUUCAGAGAGGAGUUAUUGUUAUUCCAAAAAGUUCAAAUAAAGAGAGAUUAAAAUCAAAUAUUGAGAUUUUCGAUUUUCAACUUAGUCAAGAUGAAAUGAAAGCAAUUGAGGGAUUGAAUUGCAAUAUUAGAACAUGCCCCAUGAUUGAAGUAAAAAACCAUCCUUAUUAUCCAUUCUGAAUUAAACAGAAUAACAGCAAUUUUCAAUUGAAAUUUAAUGUCAAUCUACAUCGUUUUCUACUGAAAUUAUUAGAGGUCAAAAGGAUCUUACCAGUAAGCCCAGUAAUGGUAAUUAAUGUCAAUGAAUUUUGAUAAACUGUAAUUUAUAUUCAUAUAUUAAUAAAACACUAACA